GAAGCGGGGAGGGGCAGGAGGGCCGGGGCCUCCGGAAAACCGGCCCAGCUCCGCUUCCUGCCCCGCCGGAGCCAGGAAACCCGAGCCGGGACCCAGGGCCCGAGAUCCCCAUACCCCCGUACCCCCGAGACCUUCGGGGCUGUCCCCGGCCCAACCCCAGACUCAGCUCGGCAUGGAGAUGGAAGAUGCAGCUCGAGGGGCCCCUGGCCCGACCCGGCCGGCCCCAGUCAGCAUCAUUGGCGCCGAGGACGAGGACUUUGAGAACGAGCUGGAGACGCACCCGGAGGAGCGGAGCAGCGAGUUCCAGAGCCUGGAGCAGGUGAAGCGCCGCCCGGCCCACCUCAUGGCCCUGCUGCAGCACGUGGCUCUGCAGUUUGAGCCGGGACCCCUGCUGUGCUGUCUCCACGCUGACAUGCUGGCCGCACUGGGCCCCAAGGAGGCUAAGAAGGGCUUUCUGGAUUUCUACCACAACUUCCUGGAGAAGACAGCGGUCCUGCGCGUGCCCGUGCCCCCCUCAGUGUCCUUUGAGCUCGACCGCACGCGCCCAGAACUGCUCCCCGAGGAGACGCAGCGACGCUUCCUGCAGGAGGUGGUCCGGGCCCAGCAGAACGCCGUCUCCCGGCAGCUGGAGGACUUCCGGUCCAAGCGGCUCAUGGGGAUGACCCCCGGGGAGCCGGAUCUGUCCCAGCUGGAGGCUUGGGCGGUCCGCGACCGUGUCAGCUUCGAGGGCCGGGAGCGCCUCGUGGCGGAGAGGCUGCUGAACCGACUGGAGGAUAUGCACCCGACCAUCUCCACGGAUGAGGAAAAGAGCGUGGCGAUCGUGAGCGCCAUCAGCGCCUACAUGCGCUACCUCGGCGUCCGGACCAAGAGCAGCGACAAGAAGGCCCGCGGGAACUUCUUCCGGAAAAAGAUGUCUGGGAACCGCCGGGCGGACGACCCCCCCAAGACCAAGAAGGGGCUCAGCAUCAUCCUGGACGCGGCUCGACGGAACUGGGGAGAGACGCAGGGUCCUGACUCCCGACACCCUAAAGCUGAGAGCGACGGAGAGAAGCCAGGGCUUCCUGAGCGGAAGGUCAGCCACGUGACCCCCCCACGGGGGGUGGUCGGGCCCCCCGGGCCGGAAGCCCCUGGUGUUGCUGUGCAUCCCCCUCCGGGGGAGAGCCCGGACAAGGAGCCAGGUACUGACCCACCCUCAGAAGUGGGGGACCCACCCCCCCAAGGCCCAUCCAGCUCAGAGCCCCUCAUCCUCCCAGAGAGCAGCGCGGAGGACGGGGCCGACACGGAGAGACUUUCUGGGAGACUGGGGCGUUCCGAGAGCCUUCGGGUGACUGACCGGCGCCGGCCCUCCCGGGGCAGCCUCGGGGGCAAGGGCCGAGCGGGGGGCCGCUCCCGAAGUGACGUGGACACAGACCCUGGCUCUGCCGCGGCGGCCCUUGGCUCCGCCCGACGUGCUACCCCCGAGCCAGGUGAUGAAGGGGAGCCGGGUCGUGCCGGGCCCGAGCUCGAGCCCGAGGAGCCGCCGGGCUGGCGGGAGCUGGUCCCCCCUGAUACCUUGAAUGGGAUGCACAAGAACCAAGUGAAGCGGCAAGAAGUGAUCAGCGAGUUGCUGGUGACCGAGGCGGCCCAUGUGCGGAUGCUCCGGGUCCUCCACGACUUCUUCUACCAGCCCAUGGCUGACGGGGGCUUCUUCGCGAUGGACGAGCUGCAGAACAUCUUCCCCAGCCUGGAUGAGCUGAUCGACGUGCACUCUCUGUUCCUGGAGAGCCUGAUGAAGCUGCGGCAGGAGAGCGGCUACGUCAUCGAGGAGAUCGGGGACGUGCUGCUAGCCAGGUUCGACGGCCCCGAGGGCUCCUGGUUCCAGAAGAUCUCCUCCCGAUUCUGCAGCCGGCAGUCGUUUGCUCUGGAACAGCUCAAGGCCAAGCAGAGAAAGGAGCCUCGCUUUUGUGCUUUUGUGCAGGAAGCGGAGAGCCGGCCCCACUGCCGCCGGCUGCAGCUCAAGGACAUGAUCCCCACGGAGAUGCAGCGGCUCACCAAGUACCCCCUGCUCCUGCAGAGCAUCUGGCAGAACACAGAGGAGCCCAAGGAGAAGGCCAAGGUGGAGCAGGCUGCUGAGUGCUGUAAGGAGAUUCUGCAUCAUGUGAACCAGUCUGUGAGAGACAUGGAGGACCUGCUGCGGCUCAAGGACUACCAGCGGCGCCUGGACCUGUCCCAGCUGAGGCAGAGCAACGACCCCAUGCUGAGCGAGUUCAAGAACCUGGACAUCACCAAGAAGAAGCUGGUGCACGAGGGACCCCUGACCUGGAGGGUGACCAAGGACAAGGCCGUGGAGGUGCACGUGCUCCUGCUGGACGACCUCCUGCUGCUGCUGCAGCGCCAGGACGAGCGGCUGCUGCUCAAGUCCCACAGCCGGACGCUGACCCCGACGCCCGACGGCAAGACCAUGCUGCGGCCCGUGCUGCGCCUGACCUCCGCCAUGACCCGGGAGGUGGCCACGGACCACAGGGCUUUCUACGUCAUCUUCACCUGGGACCAGGAGGCCCACAUCUAUGAACUGGUGGCCCAGACGGUGUCGGAGAGGAAGCACUGGUGCACCCUCAUCACGGACACCGCGGGCUCCCUGAAGAUCCCGGCCCCCGUCGGGCGGCCCAAGUCCCGGCCCAGCCCCGUCAGUGCCAGGGAGCCUCUGAUCAGCAGCUCCGAGAACGGGAACAGCAGCCGGGAGCCCCCCCACGUGGAAGCCGGCCGCUGUGAGCGCAUCCUGAGUGACCUGCUGCCCUUCUCCUGCCCGGGCCCCGAGGGCCAGCUCGCGGCCUCUGCCCUCCGAGAAGUUCUUUCCCUUAAGCAAAUCCUGCUCCCGGCAGAGGAGGAAAACGGGCCAGCCCCGGGCCCCGAGAGCGAGGGGGCGCCGGGGGCCGCCCAGGCCCAGGAGCUGCGAGAGAGGCUUCUCAACUUGGAAGACACCAUCAAGAGGCUGGAGGAAGUCGAGGAAGAGUUCUGUCGGCUGAGACUCAUCAUAUCCCAGCUCAAUGGGGCCAGCCCCAGCCAGGCCGGCUGCUCCUGAGGGCCCGGCAGGCCCUCUCCAAGGGAGGACCCAGGAAGGGAAAGGGGGCGCUGUCGGGAGCUCCCCCGGCCGGAUCAGCCACUGCCUACGUCUGCAGAGAGGGGGCGGGGCCCCGCGAGGUCCCCCCAGGAGGGCUCCCCGUCCCUGGCCGGCUCCAGUCUGCUGCCCCGUGGGGGACCUCAGGGCUCGAUUCCAGCCCCCCUUGGCCGGCCCGCCGUCAGUAUUGUGCCCGGGCGGCUUCUCCAGUGCCUUACCUGUUAUGCCGCGUUUUAUAUCUGAGGUUUAUUUUUAAUAUAUAUAUGUGUAUAUGGA